GCACUCAAAGUCACAAAAUUUUCAAAGUAAACACCACAACUGUGACUAUGACACACUUACAACUGUCAGGCUCUUGAGUCAGGUCGUCAAAAGAUGGCCUUGACACUUGCUGACAGAGCAGUUGGAGCCAUCCUUGGAGCUGCAGUUGCUGAUGCAGCAGCUCAACCACUUCACUGGAAUUACAGGCCAGAGAGGCUGAAGGCUCUCCUCGAUGAGCUGGAGCCGUGUCCAGAGUUUCGCCCUGAGUCGGCCAACCCUUUUUACCUCAGGAAGACCGGAGAGCAGUCAUGCUAUGGAGACCAGGCCUACGUGUUGCUUGAGUCCCUGAGCGAAUGUGGGGGUUUAAAUGUGGAAGACCUGACAAAGCGUAUGUACAAGUUUUUUGGCCCAGGGACAGUGUACGACCUCCCACUCAACAACCCCUACCGACCCAAAGGAGGUCCAAGGGCUAUCCUUCCUAUUCCAGGACCCUGGAGGAAUGGAAGCCUCAAAGCCUUCAUGAGGAAUGUAGACUCAAGGAAAGAAGCAAGUGGCAGCGAAGAGGACAAUCAGAUGGACGGUGUGACCAAGCUGGCUCCCGUGGUGGCACUAUAUGCUGGCAGGCCCGAGAUGCUGGAGCAGGUGGAGGCGGCCGUACGUGUCACCCAGGACAAUGAUGCGUGUGUGGCGGUCACCCUGGCUGCGGCCAGGUUCCUGGAGCAUUAUAUCCUGAAUGGCCCUGACCCCAAAGCAUUGGAUGCUGUUUUGGAGCAGCUGAAUGAUCGAAACAGAAAGAACCCACAGAAUCUAGAUAAAGCUGUUGCAGCACACAUCCAUCAGGUCAAGCAGAAUCUGGCCAAGACUACUCAGGAGCUGAUCCCCGUGGUGUUCUCAAACACAUGAGGUUUGCCAGGUGCAUUCCAGGGCGCACUGCAUGGAGUUCUGACCUCCAGCCAGCUGGACGAGGCUGUCCGGACCACCAUGCGGUGUGGGGGAUGCACCUGCAGCCGUUCCUCCUUCAUCGGAGCUUGUUUUGGGGCUCAGAUGGGCCCUGAGGGGAUCCCGGAGUCUUGGAGGAGCAGGACCCUCAGGUAUACAGUCCUGCUAGAGCUGGCGACCAAAGUCGUAAGCCUGCGGGAGCCUUAACAUUGUGGCUCACAGUGUUAUUUUCCUUUGUGGUCUGCUGCAAAAACAUGUUAUGGAUUUUGCUUGAGUGUUAAAUAAGUAGAGAAAUCACAUUACAUAAUGAUAUUAGCAGAAGGCCAGGAUCAACCUAUAAUUAGGUUUUUCUAGUUUCCAAUGGGCCUCUGUAACACAGUAGCACUGCAACACAACAGCCCAUGAGAGUUUUGUCUUAAAGUCUUGAUUGAUAAAACUUGAUCCCCCUUGUUUGGUUCCAUGUGCAAUGUGUUCAUAAGAGUGAUUUCACAUGUGGUAGUGCCAGUCCACAAUAAUACAUUUCUUUGACUUUGAUCUGGAGGAGGUAUGUUUUAUGUAUUUUGGCUCAGAAUACAGUGUGUGUAAAACUAAUAAAAUCUACAUUAAAAAAAACA